AUGUUACGUAAAAGUCAUUUAAGAGGUAAAAUUCAACAUCGUGUACCUGAAUUUGAAAUAAUUGAUAAUGAUGAAAUAACAAGUAUUGGAAGAAUUUAUCCAUUUUCAACUGAUCUUGAACGAACUGAAUAUGGAAAAGCUGUAGCUAUGAAGAUUCCACAUAAUAUGAAAGCUGAAACAAAGGCAGUAUUAUUAAUGGCAACACUCAUAAAUAAAUCACGGCUCGUGUAA